AUGUUCGCGCGCGCGACGACGCGCGACGACGACGACGGCGACGACGGCGACGCGCGCGCGCCGCUCGAACGGUUCGUCUCGGAGCACCCGAGCGUGUACGGCGAACGCGUCGUCGCGCGGUUGUCGGACGCGGAGCUGUUGAUGGCGCGGUGCGCGAGCCGCGCGAUGCGGCGCGCGACGAACGCGGCGGCGCCGGAGCGAGCGAAGACGCUGCAUCGCGUGCGGUUGUUCGAGGACGACGCGCGCGUCGACGUCACGCACCCCGUGCGCGCGGACGACCCGAUGGAGAUCUGGUGGCGGAAAGUUUCGGCGGGCCGGCUCGGGCGCUGGGGGCUAUCUCUGGGGGCGGAGACGAUGUUGGGGACGAUCGCGAGACCGCCGCGAGGACGCGGAGACGCGCACGUGAAGCAUCGUUUGCGGUACCUUCGCGAGCGAUUGCGAUGCGAUUGGGACGCGCGCGUGACUGAGGCGUGCUUGAAGAGAGGGUACCUCGGAUCGUUCGCGUAUUGCUGCGAUAACGGGUGCCCCGCGACGCGGAGGCCGCCGGCGAAGCAGACGUGGCUGCUCGAACGGGGCGCCGAUCCGGAGGAAUGGUUUGCGUGGCUGAAGAAAGAGUUCGAAAGAGACGGCGAUGCGAAAUUGUACGACGUCGCGAUAGACGAGCGCACGAAUCGGAUCGUGAAAGUUGGGUGCGCGGACGACGAGGACGAUCGAGGAGACGAUCGAGGAGACGAUCGAGGAGACGAUCGACCGCGUUCGCCCGCGGAGACUUCGGACGCGAUGAAUUUUGAGGACGUCUUCAAGAAGUUUGACAUGAAAUAG